CAGCACCCCGCUGUAGUUAUAUGAAGUCUUAAUCGUCGUCGUGGAUUUCUUCCGCUCACCACUCAAAACUCGACGUCAAUAAUUACACAUCACCUACAUCAAUUUGCCACGAAUACUAUAUCGAAGUCCCAGCCCCGCCAUGGCCAAAGAAGUCGAGGUACAGCACAGUGAUUCCAUCACUCCUGCUGAAACAACUGCCGGUUACGGCCAGAAGACUGCAGAUCUUGAGACUGCCAACUACGCCCAAGAUGCCCCGGUCGAGAUUGACGAUGAGACAAACAAGGAACUGUUCUGGACUGUCAACAGGCGCAUCCUGGCGUGUAUGCUCGGAACCUACUUUUGUCAAUCUCUGGACAAGGGCACCCUUGGCUUUUCGUCUGUCAUGGGUAUCCAGGAAGACGCAAAUCUCCACGGACAACAAUUCUCAUGGCUAGGAACAAUCCUCUAUAUGGGAGUUCUCGUCGGCGAAUAUCCCACCAACUUCCUACUCCAAAAGCUGCCAGUUGCCAAGUACUUGGCGACCAAUGUCUUUUGCUGGGGGGUUGUGAUUGCCUGUUCUGCAGCUGCUAAAAACUUUGCAAGCCUCAUGGUAGUCCGUUUUCUUUUGGGUGUGUUCGAGUCGUGUGUUCAGCCGGCUUUCAUCAUCAUGACGAGUAUGUGGUACACAAAGCGAGAACAAAGCAUUUUAACGUCCCUCUGGUACUGUAUGACUGGAGUUCAGCUCAUGAUCGGUGGCAUCAUUGCAUGGGGUGUCUCUCACUACAAGGAUGGUGUCAUCUUCCCUUGGCAACUGCUGUUUCUUGUCCUUGGCCUACUCACCUGUGUCUGGGGCUUGUUCAUCGGCUGGUGGCUGCCAGAUUCUCCAAUGAAAGCAAAGUGCUUCAAUGAAGAUCAGAAGCGGCUGAUGGUCGAGCGUGUGAGAGCCAACGAGACUGGUAUCCAGAACAAGUCUUACAAGAGGUAUCAGGCUGUUGAAGCAGUCACUGAUCCUAUUGUUUGGUGUUACGUUAUGCUCCAACUCACCUCCACUCUGAUCAUUGGCGGGCUGGGUGUCUUCUCGAAUCUCAUCAUCUCCUCCUUCGGAUUUACCUAUCUUCAGACCCAGCUUCUCAACAUCGCUCAAGGUGCUGUGACGAUCAUAGUCAUGAUCGGAAGUGCCACGCUCGCGACAGCCACGGGGCAGACCGCUUGGGUGAUGCACGCAUGGACAAUCCCUCCAAUCAUUGGAACUGCCAUUAUUUACAGCAUUCCACCAACAUCUUCGAAUCGUGUUGGUCUACUCAUUGCCUUCUACUGCACACAAUUCUAUCUCGCAGAGGGAAAUCUGAUCUUUUCCCUCAUCUCUCGCAACAUUGCCGGUCAGACCAAGAAGUCGACCACGUUAGCCAUCACCUUCGUGGCUUGGGCUGCUGGUAACAUGACCGCCCCACAGAUCUUCCAGAAGUCCGAUUCUCCUCGUUAUGAGAAGGGCUUUACAGCGCAUUUCUGUCUCUAUGUCCUCUUCAACAUUUUCCUUGUUAUCCUUCGACUCUUGUUAGUUCGUCGAAAUGCUAAGAAGACAAAGGCGUCUCUGGACACGUCUCAGACGGGUGAUGACGGUCACAAGCCUUCCGAAGGCGAGCAGUUGGGGCAUUUGAAUGCUUUCGCCGAUUUGACGGACAAGGAGAAUCCUGACUUCCGAUACGACUUCUGAUGCAAUAAUAUGCGAGCUGGCAGCAAGAAAUGUUAUGAUGGUCUUGGGAGCAUACAACGAUAAGAGGGUCAUCCAUGGUACACAUAGUGUUGUCAUUUUGUACUUGUCAGCUGGAGAAUAUAAGUGCAUUGUUAUUGGCUUUGAAACCGUUUAUACUUAUUCUGUGCGGUUAAUUCAGGUUAAAUCUAUUUAGUUGGUGUCCGGAACGAUGCUCAAACCAGUGAGCUAGAACCGCUGGUAGUUGACUGUGCGUACUCAACAGCAACCCUACACAAGUUGGAGACGAUAGCGCAUGCUUAUGG